UAAGAGCAGGCGACUAGGCAGUGAAAUAAACAGUCCCAAAUGGCGUAGACCCCACUCAGCAAACGAACAACCAGACCAGAUCAUCCACUCGAGGCCGGCGUUGGCUCUGGGCUCCACUUCUCCCCACAUCACGGAUUAGGACAAAAAUUAAUCUUAAUUAUUUGCAGGUACUAUCCAAAUGCCAGCAAUUAUCGUCUACCCUACUUUUCAUCCGAGGUUGAAUUAACUGUGGAAAAGUGAAAUUUGGCCAAGUUCUCCUGAAGUUUUGGAUUGGGCUGAAACAAUUGCCCUGAGCUUUGCAGUUGUAAGGAUGGAUCUAUGAAAUGUGGAGGAGUAAUGAUCGUGUACAUUGUGGGUUAUAGUUGCGCCUUGGUUAUUUAUUCAUUGUCAUAGCUUCCUCAGUUGUUGAUUAUGGUUUUGCUGGUUGCCUUCGCACCCAUAUCAAAUGCCCAUGGCCCAGCGAGUUUAUCAAGCUUGGAAAGGCAAUAACAGGUUUUUCCUGGGUGGAAGAUUAGUCUUUGGACCUGAUAUUAGGUCGUUAUUCAUCACAGUAGUUCUAAUUGUGGCUCCUAUAGCAAUCUUCUGUGUAUUCGUUGUCAGAAAUCUUUUACAUAAAUUCUCACAAUACAACAGUGGUUAUGCAAUUCUGGUGGUGACAAUUGUAUACACAUUCUAUGUGCUUCUGUUGCUCUUGCUUACCUCUGCCAGGGACCCUGGUAUUGUUCCACGUGCUUUACAUCCUCCAGAGCCAGAUGAAUUUUUUGAGUCUGAAAGUUUUGCUGAACACUCUACUGGACAGACCCCACGGUUAUCAUUUCCACGUACCAAGGAUUUAAUGAUAAAUGGAGUGUUAGUAAAAGUUAAAUAUUGCGAAACUUGCAUGGUAUAUCGUCCUCCACGCUGCUCCCAUUGCUCCAUAUGUGAUAAUUGCGUGGAAAGAUUUGACCAUCAUUGCCCUUGGGUUGGACAAUGCAUUGGACAGAGAAAUUAUCUCUUCUUCUUCAUGUUUGUUGCUUCAACAACUCUUCUCUGCAUAUAUGCAUUUGCAAUAUCAGCCCUGUAUAUCAAGUUUCUUAUGGAUGGUGGUGCGCGUAGUGUUUGGGAGGCAAUGAGACGAUCUCCAGCAUCUGUGAUACUUAUGAUUUACACAUUUAUUUCAGUUUGGUUUGUUGGCGGUCUCACUAUAUUUCAUUUGUACCUUAUAAGCAGCAAUCAGACUACAUAUGAAAAUUUCAGGUACCGGUCCGAGAAUAGAAUUAAUCCUUAUGAUCAAGGAGCAAGCAAUAAUUUUAGGGAAGUUUUCUGCACAGGGAUUAGACCAUCAAAGAACAAUUUCCGGGCCAGGGUAGAACAAGAUGUGCCAAGACAGACUGUGUAUGUUCCUCCAAAUACAGAAAGUCAAGAUGAUGCUGGAAAUUUGCGUGUGAAAAUUGGUUCUGAUGUAGAAGCAGGUGAAUCAUCAACUGGAGUACAUGGUCUGGAAGGGGAAAACAAUGAAGAAUUGCAGAGUCAACAUAGCAAUAGUCAUGAUGUUGGUUUAGACGUUAAAGAUGGCUAUGAGGAUGCAUUUGCGCGUGCUAUAGGCCGGCCUAUUUCCUCAGAGAACAUAGAUGCAAGAACUGGAGCUUAUUCCAGACGCUCUAGUUGGGGUCGAAGAAAUGAGAAUUUUGAAAUUUCACCUGAGAUACUUUCUCUGGGUUCAGGAAUUACAGAGAGUGCUCGAUUCAGUGGGCACAUUACACCACCAGGAAACAGGUGAAAGUCAAGUGCUCAUGUUUCAGAUUCCUUUUCUACUUCAAAUAGUUCCUGUGAGGAUGAUCCAGGACAGAUUUCACUCUCUGAAAUUAUUCUUUUGAACAUUAUUGUGGCAGCUAAAGUAACAGUUUCUCUUAAUGAACUUGUAUAGGGUUUGGGCCCCUCUUAUUGGGUCCUUUUGCGUCCAAGCUAUUUUUGGAUUCUUUAGAUAUUUUUGUUUGGUAACAGUCUACCAUUGCACCUCUGAUUUUCUAUUGGAACUUGUAAUUUUAAGUGGCUUUGACCUGCUUUGGUCAUUCCAUCCUGAUCGACUAUUGAAACUUGUACUUUUGAGUCACAUUGACCUACGUUUGUCAUUUGUGGACAUUAAUAGAAUUCCUUUUUUUCAUAUUCA